GGAGGAAGCGAGCGGCGGAGCUGCCGAUUGGCCGCGGCCCCUCGAAGGAGCGACUGGGCUUCGGGUCCCGGGGCGAGCCGGGCCGCCUGUUUUCCACGGGAGCCGAGGCCUGGGGCCCGGCCCUCGGCCGAAUGGCGGCUGUGGAUGACCUCAAGUUCCAAGAAUUUGACGAUGCAGCUAAUCUGCUUGCAGCAAAUCCUGAUGCUACCACAAUAAGCAUUGAUGAGCCAGUUGAAAUCCCGAAGAAUCAGCACAGCCGUCGGCAAGAGACAGGGAGAGAAGAAGAUGAUGAAUUACUGGGGACUGAUGACUCCGAUAAAACAGAGCUGCUUGCAGGACAGAAGAAAAGCGCCCCAUUCUGGACGUUUGAGUACUACCAGACGUUCUUCGAUGUGGACACUUACCAGGUUCUGGACAGAAUCAAAGGUUCAGUUUUCCCAGUACCAGGGAAGAACUUUGUGAGGCUGUAUAUCCGCAGCAAUCCUGAUCUUUACGGUCCCUUUUGGAUAUGUGCCACACUCGUCUUUACCAUUGCUGUUAGUGGCAAUCUCUCAAAUUUCUUUAUCCAUCUGGGCAAGCCUACGUACCGCUACGUGCCCGAGUUCAGAAAAGUGUCCAUAGCAGCAACAACGAUUUAUGCAUACGCUUGGCUUGUUCCCCUUGCCCUCUGGGGAUUCUUGAUGUGGAGGAACAGUAAAGUUAUGAACAUUGUGUCCUACUCUUUUCUGGAAAUUGUGUGUGUAUAUGGCUACUCCCUCUUCAUUUACAUUCCCACAGCGAUUUUGUGGAUCAUACCACAAAAAGUGGUGCGCUGGGUCCUCAUGAUAUUCUCCCUGUGCCUUUCGGGGUCUGUUUUGGUGAUGACCUUUUGGCCUGCUGUCCGAGAUGACAACAGGAGGAUUGCAGUGGCAACUGUGGCGACCAUUGUUCUGCUUCAUGCCCUGCUGGCUGUUGGCUGCUUGGCAUACUUUUUUGAUGCUCCUGAACUGGAUUUUCCUGCACCUGUUAUCCCUACUUACAAUGGAACAACAGGAGUAACAAAGAGUCAUUAAGUAUGGUUACAAUGCCCGUUUCUCCAUGUGUACAGUAAUUUUAUUUUAGAUUAUUUUUUUCACUGAAGAACAUGGAAAAUGCAAGAACAGGGGAUGCUUUUUAUAAAAGAAAGGACAGUGAUGCCCUGUGGAUUUAGAGACAUCUCUGUGCUCGCUGCAGACUGACCAGUUCCACAAGGAGAAUGACACGUGGAUCUUGGUCCUGUACAGCAGUCUUUUAUUAAUAUGUCUGCACUCCUGAUGCUACUUUGCCUCUGAAUAAAGUGUUUCGACGGUGAUUUCUGCUUUUAUUCAUGACCCAGUACU